AUGGUCCUGGCUCAGACCUUCGCCAUCUCCCUGCUGAUGUAAGCGCCGAAAAUUGCAUCUCCCGGGUAGGGCAGGUCCUCGCUGCCCCACGGAGCCCCCCCGGCCACCAACCCCGCCGUGACCUGCCCCCGGCUCUGCCUUCCCGUUUCAUGGCAAUGCCCCAGAACUCGACUGGAGAAAAUGGCUUUUGUUUCGCUCAGACACCCGACUUCUCCCGCCCGUCCCCUCCUCCCGCUGAAACCGGCCGGACCUUUGCCACCCCGAGCGGGCAGGAGCCAUCAGGGACCCCACUGAGCAAUGGCACGGUGUCCUCCAGUGUCCCCAGCCCCUCUGACUCCUGUGCCCAGCCCCUCUGCUCCCCCACCCAGGCAGAGGAGGGCCCCCCUUUCGGCGAAGGGAUUGAAUACGUGUCGGCCGAAGGGGAGGAACUGGCAUGUGGCUGGGGGGGGUUCACCCCCGGGUGCCUACAGCCCUUCAACACCUCCAAAGGCGUCUUGUUCUUCCUCUGCAUGGCCUCCUUCCUGCAAGGCAUGACGGUGAAUGGCUUCAUCAACACGGUCAUCACCUCCAUCGAGCGGCGCUUCGACCUCCGCAGCUACCAGAGCGGGCUGAUCGCCAGCUCCUACGACAUCGCCGCCUGCCUCUGCUUGACCUUCGUCAGCUAUUUUGGGGGGAACGGCCACAAACCCCGAUGGCUGGGCUGGGGCGUGCUGGUCAUGGGCUUGGGCUCCCUCCUCUUCGCCUUGCCCCACUUCACCACGGGGCGGUACGAGGUGCGUUGGGCGGCCGAGGUUGGGGCCUGCGGGGGGAACCAGAGCCUGCCCUGCGCCCAGGCCGCCUCCAGCCUCUCCAGAUACAGGUUCGUCUUCAUGCUGGGGCAGUUCCUGCAUGGGAUGGGAGCCACCCCGCUCUACACCCUGGGCGUCACCUAUUUAGAUGAAAACGUCAAGACUAACUACUCCCCUGUGUACAUUGCCGUUUUCUACACUGCUGCAAUCCUUGGGCCUGCAGCGGGUUAUCUGGUAGGAGGAAUGUUUCUAAAUAUUUAUACUGAAAUUGGCAGAGAGAUCAGCAUCACCCCGGAGAACACGCUGUGGGUGGGGGCAUGGUGGAUCGGAUUCCUCGGGGCCGGAGCAGCCUCCCUGCUCAUCUCCAUCCCCAUCCUGGGGUACCCCCAGCGCCUCCCAGGAUCCCAGCGGUACACCGUUAUGAGGGUGUCAGAGGCCCAUCAGCUCAAGGAUGGGAGCCACAAAAAAGCAUCGGAUCCGGACUUUGGGAAAACAGUUAAAGAUCUGCCUCGAUCAGUGCUGCUGCUUCUGAAGAACCCCACCUUCAUCUUCCUCUGCUUAGCAGGAGCAACCGAAGCCACCCUCAUUGCUGGGAUGUCCACGUUUGGACCCAAGUUCCUGGAGUCCCAGUUUAGUUUAAGUGCCUCUAAAGCUGCUACCUUUUUUGGUUAUCUGGUCGUGCCAGCCGGAGGGGGAGGCACAUUCCUGGGAGGAUUCCUUGUGAAUAAAUUAAAACUCCGCUGUUCAGGAAUCAUCAAACUGUGUUUAGCUUGCACAGUGUUGAGUCUGCUGGCUAUAUUCAUUUUUUUUAUCCACUGCCCUAACAUGCCGAUGGCGGGAGUAACCCAGACGUACGAGGGAAGUGCUCUGCCCAGUGGCCACCUAAACCUGACAGCAGCCUGCAAUGCUGAGUGUGGGUGUCUGCAGGAGACCUACAGCCCUGUCUGCGGGAGCGAUGACAUCAUGUAUUACUCCCCCUGCCACGCCGGCUGCAAAGAGGUGUCUGAAAACCUCAGGAAUGGCAAGAAGGUCUAUCACGAGUGUAGCUGCAUUGAGAAGACCUUUCUGCCCGGCCCCGGCGACGCGGAGGCAGGGAAAUGCACCUCCUCUUGUGCAAAAAAGCCCCUUCUCCUGUUCUUCAUGUUCGUAGUGAUCCUCUUCACCUUCCUGGGCAGCAUUCCUGCCCUGACGGCCACCCUGCGGUGUGUCCCCGACAGGCAAAGGUCGUUUGCCCUCGGGAUCCAGUGGAUUGUAGUACGAACACUAGGAGGCAUCCCUGGCCCCAUCGCCUUCGGGUCCAUGAUCGAUAAAUCCUGCCUGCUGUGGCAGGACCAGUGUGGAGAGCAAGGUUCUUGCUACGUUUACCACAACUCAGCCAUGAGCCGAUACACCCUCAGCGCUGGACUGGUCUACAAGGUGCUUGGGACAACCUUCUUUAUAGUCGCCUGUUUACUCUACAAGCCCCCGCCAGCAGAGUCAGCUCCAGGCAGCUCGGACACAUCCGAAAAUGGCAACUGUGACCUCCAGGAGCAGAAGCCCUCGCUGCCAGCUGAAGAGGACAUAUAGCGCUGGGCGCCUGGAAGUGACUCUCUCAGUGUCAAAAACAGGAUGAGAAGGCGUUCUGCAGUCCCUGGGGGGUUUUAAAUUAAUAGUAAUAUUAUCACUUUUUUUUUUUUUUUUUUUUUAGUUCGAGAGAAAUAAUUUAAUUAACCACUGUUGUGCUCGCUGUUUUCUUCACAGCAGAAGCACGUUUUUUAAAAUGUGCGCCGAUGCCACACGCAGUUAUUUAAUUUUAUUUAAAGAAAGGGCUACCGUAGCUUUAUUCUAUGUCUGUGACAAGGCAGGACCACACUCUCCACUCAUGGAAACAAGCACCGGUAACUCCAAUGGAGUGCGUGGGGUUUAAACCACCAGAGGAUCAGGUCCCUAAUAUCUCAAUUGUGAAGCCAACUGUAGCAAAACUUCUCUGGGACUUCGGGAGCCUGCGAAGAGCCCAUGUCCUCCCGUCUGAUGGCAAAGGGGACAACUGGCCCUUAAACUACUGGAUGCAAAGCAGACGGCCCCCCCCACAUGUCCUCCUCCUCCUUCCUGCGACACCCAGCAUCGCUCCUUUUGUUCAGGAGCAGGUUAUCUAAUUAUGCAAAUUGUCCUUAGGGUGGGAUGGGAGAUGGGUUGGAGGUGGGAUGGCAAAUUCCCCGGUACACUACAGGCAGCCCUCCCCGCCAAGCGCUGGGCGUUCACUGCCUCAUUUCACUGCAGGGUUUACACCAUGGUGACACUUCUUCUGGGGUUUUUGGUUGUUGUUUUUGUUGGUUUUUUUCGUGCAUUGUUUAAAAGUGAUGCCUUUUGUAAUGCACUGUGCAAAACUUGAACUCAUUUCUUGCUGUUCGUUGUUGGGCAGGGGUGAAAGACCCGAGACACAGAUCUAUGCAAUGCUUCUCUUCAGUUGCUCUGUGAAGGCGUGGGGUUUGGGUAGAUGGCAAAAGCCAGAAGGAAUUUAAGUUGUCUUUGGACCACUAUCUUAAGGGAGAGCUCACCACAAGGACAGGAUGCCUUGUGGAAAAGGGGUGCUGACCUGUAGCUGCCCUGCUUGCAAGGAGAGAGGGCAGCGUUCCCAAAAUGACUUUUGAAUGUGCACUUGCAAUACUAAGGACUUUAGUGAGGGGGUGGAAAAGUGAGUCCAGGCGGGUGUAUGUCUGGCUUCCCUCUCACCCCAGGUCUGGUGAGGGGAGGGCUCAGUCUGCCUGUGUUUGCACAGCCCCACCGUCCAGGUACAGCUCCCGGGGAGGGCUUGGAGGACCCCUGGAGUCCUGCACGUGCUCAUGGGGACGGGACCUGCAUCACUGAGCUGCAAAACUGGCGCUUCUUUAGUGCCAGAUGCUGCUUAGAAUUACUUUGGAGAUGGGUUUUUUUUUAUAUAUUUUGUGUAUUUAUGCUUUCAUAAGCGGACACGGGAUGGGCAUUGUUUCCUUCAUCAGCAAAGGACCGACUCCUCUGAGAGCGGAGGCAAAGCCGUUCCUGUUGCAGACCAGGAGAGCAGUGCUGGGAGCAUGGUCCGCCUUCAGGUCGAUGGUGGUCAAGAAAGUCGACCUUCAGGUUGUUGGUGGUCAAGAAAGCAGCUUCUUCCAUUUGCAGAUCCCCUUCCACCAAGGCCAGGUAGUGACCUUCCCGCUUCCAAAGCCCUUGUUUCCCAGCCACUGUCGAGUGCUGGGUGAGAUUUGAGCAUCUCCAGUAACUGCUGGAAAAAUUUGAAGGGAGAGAUGGAGGGUGGCUUUUGGCUGCUUGAACGUGGGCAGCUGUUGCAGCUUUGCUUGGGCAAACAGGGGAGCCCUGUUUUUCCAGGAGGGAGGCAGGAUUAGACCCACGGAGGCAGGAGUUAACCCUGACAUCACCCAACCACCAAAGGCUUCUCCACGACCUCCCGCUGGGUUUGGAGCCACCUGCAGACAUGAGCCUGUCUCCAGGCCCUUCCCAGUUUACAGACAGUUUUUGGGGUCCAAGCAGGGAUCUCAGCAGGGGGGGAAAAUGCAUGAAUGUAUUUUGGGAACAUAUUUUACGUAUGAUGUAUUUAUGAAAGGUAGAAGAUUUUUUCUUAAUAUAUAGAUAUAUAUAUGGAUAUUGCAAUGCAAUUCUAGUGUUUUUAAAAUGAGCUUUAUCUGAGUGAGUAAAAGAAAAGUUCAUGGAUUCUGGGCAUUUCUUAUGUUGUUGUGGGAAGCUAGGGAUUUAAGUAAGCAGCAGCAAGGUGGUCCUGUUCCAUAAGCAGGUUACGUAGGUCUACAGGUAACUUAAAAUAUUGGAAAGUAUGUUUCCCAGUCUCAUAUGAAGUAUUAUAUAGAAAUAUAAUCAGUAUU